AAGAGCCUUUCAGCCCUGACCCUGUCAAGGAUGCACUGCUCUGUGCACUGAGCCAGCCUCAGGGCCAGACUUGUGCAGGGGUCACACCUUGCAGGCAGAUUUUUGGCAGCGAUGUGCCCCGCUGCAGGGAUUUUCCUGUGCUUUCUAUCUCAUGAACAUGCCCAGCUGGCAUCACUCCCAGGCACUGUGUCCCACUUCCUUCAAGACCGAAAGCGAAAUUGAGUUGCUUUUAAAAGCAGGGAAAGCCAGCAGCAUGCCUCUGUCUGUCCGUAUUGAUUGGUGUCUUCCACAGGGCUCUGGAUGUGGAACUGCAUGUCCUGAGCACACAGACACUGCUCAGGCUCAUAAGGGCUUCCUGGGACUCACACAUCCUUCAAGGGAAAGAUAAGAGAUGUAACAGCUGCUAUUUGAUGUCCACACAGAGAGAUAACCUGGGACUGGGUCGGGUGACCCUGCUGUGAUCACGGAGGACCACCAGCACCCAGCAGCUCGAUGGGCUCUGCCUGUAUCCCAUGGCUGUGCCUCCUGCUGCUGGCCCUGCCCACCCCGCAUGCAGGUGCUGCUGUGCCCAAAGCUAACCAUGCUGAGGGGGCAGGUGGCUCUGCUGACGCAACCAAUGUGACAGUCUACUACUGUAAAGAGUGUGGGAGAGAAAAAUGCCCGCCAUCCAAUUACUCAGACUUCAAAAUAAUUGGCAAAACAGAAAAUGAGAUAUUUUCAAAUGAAAUAAUUCAGCUGGUGAUCAACAAAGCACACAUUACUAUGUGUUUUCAUCUGUAUCAUGAUGGAGCUUAUGCCAUUUUCUGGGAGAAGGAUGGGGGAUUAGGAGAACCGUGUAGCAUCCUGAAGUUUGGAGAUAGGGGACGCAGCAUUACAGAGGAGGGGAAAAUCUGCUGCGAAACACAGACAGAUCAUGCAAACCCUCAGGAUGACCUGAAGUGCUACAUUGGAGCAACAGAUAAGAAAAAUGCAAACCCAACUGAUGACAUCAUUGCUUAUGGAGAUCUAGGCGAUCACCAGUAUUCAGUUGGUGAAAACAACCAAACUGGCCUCACUGCCAUAUUCCUGAUACUCGGGGUUUGUGCAGGAGGAGCAAUACUGCUGUCCAUAUAUUGUUACAAGAGGAGGCCCUGGAGGCAUCAAGGACCUACCGCAGUGUUCGUGACAAUUCCUCCAGUGAAUGGGGAGACACAGCUGUCUUGAAGGCCAUUUGUCUUUCCUGUGAAGGCGCCUGUUUCUCUCUGGUGACUACAAGGGAAGCCAGUGAUAACAAGCUGAGACUAAUGAGUAUCUGCAGGUAGAUAAAACACAAGUUGAUCUGGGAAAAAAAUUUAUGUACACAAGUGCUAGCAAAACUCAGUAGGAUAGUGCAAUGGUAGUGUCGCUGUAGUUAUGAUUAAGACAUGGAGAUAAUCAUACUGCUGGGCUAUGCAAAAGAUAUACAUCUAGUGGCUCUCUUGAGGUUCUGCCCUCUGGUGUUAUAAUUCGCUUGUAAUUCUCACUGAAAUCAACCUAUGCCUUUGGCCUCAUAGAUAUUUUUCCUUCAAUUCUCACCUGCUAGAUUAAUCAAACAAGUUUGUGAAAGUAAAAACCUCAUAGUUAUUUGAAACACCAUCUACAAAAGAGAAAAUGCCAGCCGCGUGCCCCUCAGCAAUGAAGCACAGCCACCAACUGAAGAAACACUUUUAGACAACGUUCACAAAUGUGCCUUCACUGCUCCCAGACAUUUCUUGAGGACUGAGAUUGCCCAACAUGUUCAGCUCCAGGCUUCUACCAGCAAUGCCUGAAGGUUCUUGGAGCUCCUGUCCUCCCCUGGUGCUUGGCUGAGGGCCACCAUCAUCACAAGGAUGAGCAGCUGGCUCAGCAGCGCAGGCUUAGACCAGCUGACUCCUCUCAAUGGAUGAUCUGACAGAUUCAACCUCGCAAACCAAAGUCCUUUAGAGAACUGCAUCUGUGCUCAGGAGAAGUGUGUGUUGAACCCCUGCAACAAAGGUUCUCUAUAUGUUUUCCGUGUCAUAAUGCAAUGACAUGGUUGUGGUUCAUCAUCCUUUAGCUCCCAAUUAGUCUCUGUGCUUGUGUCGGAAGGCAUUUAGUGAGGUGACUGAUUUGUUUUGGGAGAGGGGCCUGAUCUUCAAAGCAGACGUCUGAAACCGAAAUUGAAAAGUUAAUCAUGAAGGACAACAAGAGAUAUGUUAAACAUUAACUUCAGAAGUACAGAUAAGUGUCUGCCCUUCUACUUCACCCUUGUUAGAGGCAAGACACAACCCCAGCCUUAGCAGUGGGGGAUUUAUGCUCCCUCUGACCUAAAGUAAUCGUAACUCAGCUCUCUAAUAUGGUCUUAUAAUGCAUACAUACAACUUUGUGUUCUUACGUGUGGUGUUCAAAUUCAUGGUUAAUAUUGUGCGGGGUUUUUUUUGGAGGUUCUCUUUUCUUUGUAUACCAUCAGGUUCUGAGUUCUUUGGGAAAGGGACAACAAGAUAUUUGAGCACUUACAUUGUAUAAACGUGAGGGUUUCAGAUAAUAAUGAGCAGAUUUCAUUCCUAAUCUUUAACACCAGUUGGAGCCAGAGAGCUGGUUAAGUUUUUAGAACCGAGGUUACCAGGAUGAUUCUGCCCAGUGACGGCUGUUGAGCUGUCAAUCACAGGAUGCAGUCAUAAGCUGGUCUUCGUGGCUCACCCAGACACCCUCCUUUCCAUUUCUUCUGCCUUUCUGCUGACUAUUAUGCAGCUGUGAUAUUGAGAGGUGUCACUACCAGCUGUUCUGCUUUGUGGCUCCUGGGCUCUGUUUUCCUGGUAACACUAAUGUAUUGGGGGGAAAAUUACUUUAAUGCUCAUUGCUCUAAUUCUCUUUUUAUGCUCUUUGCUUGGAGCAGAUGAUUUAUGCUGCUUUAUGAGAGGUUUUACAAGUAAAUAUGUAUGUGCAAAUACACAGUUCUUAAAUAAAGAUUGAUUGAAAGCACCGGGCAGUAUGACUCAGUAAAUGGCAUAAUUUUACAGCUGUAAUUUUGUUUGCAUGAGUUUUAUGUUGUUAUACUCCUAAAAUUGUUAAGGUUGGGGAAGACCUCUAGAUCAUCAAGUCCAACCAUUCACCUGCCACCAAUAUUGCCAACUAAACCGUGUCCCUCAGUGCCACAUCUCCAUGGCUCUUUAGCACCUCCAGGCACAGUGACUCCACCUCCUCACUGGACAGCCUGUGCCAAUGCCUGACCACACUUCUAGGGAAGAAGCUUGCUGAACCUCCUGUGGUUAAAUACUCAUGACAGCACAGUAUCAGCUUAAAAGCUGGCUAUGCGCUGGUUGUUGAUCAUGCUGUCUUUUGGCUUGUUCAUCUCUUUGCGUUCCCACAUAAAUUUGGGUUUCUUCAUGAUAAUUGAUGAAAAUUUCUCAGCUUUUGAGCAUUCAAGAAUUCUUUGGGAACACAUUUGUUCCCUGUCCAUUCACAGAGACAACUGUGAUGCAAGAAGAGCUGUUCCUCAUUAUCAGGAGGAGAGCAAGAUCAAGCUGUGUCUGAGAUGUCCUUUUGCUGAUGGUUAGAGGCUACAGAAUGUCGUUCAGUGGGAAGCCAGAUCCACAUGAAAAGGACAUGGCAUAGAAGUGUAGAAUACCCUCAGAUGGUAGAGGCUCACAAGGAUCAUCAAGUGCAACCCUGGCUACCAUCCAAAAUUUAAACCCUGUGUCUGAGAGUGAUGUCCCAAUGCACUUUAGUCAUGCUGAGGCUGUGGGAGCAUUGAUUUUCUGUAUCCACUGUGCUGAGUGCCCAAGCUUCCAGCAGGGUGACCACAUGUGAUAACAUCCUGACGUGGCAGGGUGAGGAGCAGCUCUGAGCCCACCUUUCCUCAGCUGACUGCACUGAGAUGUGGCUGCUUCUAUUCACAGGUUAGGGGUUGUUCAUUUGUAAGAAGCUGUGGGCGUUGUAUGUGUGAAGUCAAAGCUUCAGUUUAUGAAUCUUUCCCCACUCUAUUUAUGUUACUUGGGGGAGGGUGCUACUUUCAUUUAGUAAACAGCUGGUGUAGCUGGAAAAUAACAGGCCAAGCUGUGGCACUCAGUGCUUUGGGUCUUUAACUCAUCAGUUGAGUUAAAUUGGGAAGAUCAGCUAAAAAGACCUUUGAAGAUGCAGUGGAUGUCCCCACUCCCAUUGGUGUAUCUCUUACUUCUGCUUCUCCCAUUCUUCCCUGGCCAACAUGGUGAAGAAAAUAAAUUUACUGAAUGGUCAACAGACAUUAUCAGUGUUUGGGAAGGAGACUCCAUUAAUGUAACUUGUUCGAAGAACAGUUCAGAAAAUGAAGUGGGGACAUACUUGAGGACUAGAACGACGCGAACCAAUAUUGUAUACGUUUCCGCCAAGAAUACUUCAAAUAUACAUCCGAAUUUUGCUAAUCGCACCAAGUAUUCAAAGGAAGGAAGAAAUCUCAUAAUCACUGUGCACAACAUACAGAAAUCUGAUUCAAAUAUCUACUACUGCAGCAGCUACACUAAAAAGAAUGGCCGUCACUUUAGGCGAGAUGGGAAGUCAGUCACUGUGGUUGUGAGAGCUAAAACCAAUGGGGUCAUUGAACAAUCACCACAGUCUGUCAGCACUCAACAAGGAGAGUCCAUCAACAUUACCUGUGUGUUGAAGAGCUCACACGAAGAUGAAGAGAUCAUGUUGCUCAAGAUUCACAUGCAACUUGAAAAUGUGUUGUGUGUUUCAAGUCAGAACACUUCGACUAUUUCUCCCACUUUUGCUAAUCGCUUGGAGUGUUCAAAGCAAGAGGAGAAACUGGUGAUAACUCUCCACAACCUACAGGAAAGCGAUACCGAUAUAUAUGUAUGUGCUGCGGCGCUGAAAAAUUCCUCUCUCACAGUCAGUGAAAGCGGUACCAUGUUGCUGGUUAAAGGUGGGAAGCAGACAGUAUGCAGUACCAGUUCCUUGGCCAUCUACAUUCCUACCAUUGUGGUAGCACUGCUGUUAUCUGCACUGACAUGCUACAUCUUGAGCCGUAUCGAUAUGAAGAAUUUUUUCCAGAAAAAGAAAAUAAAUGUAGUGUACGAAGAUAUGUCCUUCAGUUCUAGAAGCAACACCUUAGUCAGAACUAACACUUACUCAAAUAACAAUUAAACUGCUGUGAGCUGGGACCACGCGUGGAUUGACUGUUCCUUUUUAGGUGUCUGAGAGCUGCCUUAGCAACUUGAUGUAGUAGCUGAACCAGAAAUGCUAUUACCUACCUUGUUUAGCGGAAGGAAAAAUCUGCCUUGUUUCCAAAGCUGUUUUUACUUAUUUUGACCGCUCGUUAAAUGCCUUUUACUUUUUUAUGUAUAGAAAAGAUGGAGACGUGUGUAACCUCCACAUGUAUUUGCAGCGUGGUGUGGAAAGCAGUAUUUUUGGAGUGUACAUUUGACUAUAGGCAAUAUAUGAGAUUGUUUCUUAGACUGAACUUCCUUAUAGGGAAGUUGUAAUGGUUUGAGAAGUCUGGUUCUGAACUUUAGUAAAUGCUCAGGAAGACCACAACAGGUUUGAUGAAUAAUAAGCAAUAGAUUCACGUAUGAAUGGAGUACAGCUUUCUUAAAUGUCGAUGUGUGUCUGCUCAAGAGCUUUGGUAGCUAAAACUACUCAGAAGUUAAAGCGAAUUCUGAAGAUAAUUCAGAAACUUGGGAACAGAAUACAUUAGGAGCAAAGGGCUUGAUGUAUGGGUUUAGCCCUUCAAAGGUCAGAAUGGUCCAAUAAAAUUGCAGUCAAAUGUAGCUAUUAAAUUAGUGAUCUUGUUGGAGAUAUGGCACGGAUGGAGACAGUCUUGACAUUGUUGACACACGAAACUAUUAGACUUAGCGCAUGAUGGCUUUGUAGGAAAGCAGAAAUAUGUGACAUGGGUGUUGCCUCAAACUCAAGAUGUCUUAAAAACGAUACAGCAGACUGUAUUUCUCCAGGCUCAUUACUUUAAACAGUACAAUACAGGGUUAACUAAGCUGGGAAAAAACUAAGGACUGCAUGCCAGCAGUCAUGGCUGAGCCUGAUCCAAAACUGUUCUAAGGGAGAAUUUUUGCUAAACUCUCAUCAGCCAUACAUUUUAGUUGGUAAUAGCUUAGAAUCCUUAGGAUGAGCACAGGUCUCCACAGCUGGAGAAAGGUAAUAGUUGUCCCCAGGAGUGUUGGGUUUUGCAGAGCUGGGUCAGUAGUGGAAAGAACAGUUUCCAAUUUUGCAUGCCCAAAAGAAUAUGAAAUUGCCUGAUGAAGAGGCAGGAUUAACAGGAAUGGUUUGUGCCAUCUAUGGACAGGCUAGAACUAGAGUCUUUCUUUACUGAUGUGUCUAUUUUUUGAGGGACUAAGGUUGGUUUCACAUCUAUAAGUGUGCUUAGCUGGUUUUAAUCCAGGCACACAAGAUCUUCCAUGACAACCCUGCUGCUUGGGAGAGGUCAUUUCCUUUCAAACAUCACUUGUGAAAUACUGUGAACCAGAUCCAAGGAGGAAAUCUGUUCAUCCAAAUGUCUGGUGGGUCUGGAUUUCCCUUGUAGCAGAGGAGUGUCCACAUGGCUUCAUGUGGAUAAACUGAUGCACCCAGGAGUUUUAUACAGUUAUUUGCUACUUUUUACAUGUAUUAAAGACUGUUUUAUGUGUCUUGCAAAUUAAUGCUGGAUAUUUAAUGGACUUUUUUUGUGUAGAUUAUAAUUCAAAAUAGAGUGAUAUGAAGGUUGUUUUUUUGUUUGUUUGUUUGUUGUUGUUUUUUUGUUUUUUGUUUUUUGGUUUUUUGUGUUUUUUGUUGUUUUUUUUUUUGCUAAUUUCACCUGCCAGCACUUCAAAUAAAGCGUGAUAACCAUUUUCCUCUUUA